AUGUCUCUCAGCGCGCCUGGCGGUCCCAUCAAUCCCGAGGAAGCGGACAACUUCGAGGAAAUCGAGAAACAGUUCGCCGUGAAAGUUGUUGAACACAUGAGCACAUACUGGUCCAUACUCGAGAAGCUGCCGGGCUCGAAGCUACGCCUCACAAAGUAUGACGAUGACAUACUGGAGCAUUUCAGGCGAGAGUUUCCAGACUUUGAUCUCAAGGCCACGAUUAACGAGGAUGAGAUGAAGAGUAAGGAGGGCAAGGAGAGGUGGCGCAAUUUCAUCAACGAGUACGAGAAGAAAGUGGAGGACUACAAUUUCGGCACAAUGUUGCGGGCGAACCCAGCCUGGGAAUAUGGCGAGAAGGAGACCAUCUUCGCCGUUCGUAUGCAGUUCUAUGCUGUCGAGAUCGCCAGAAAUCGCGCAGGUCUGAACGACUGGAUUUAUGAGAAAGCGCAGAAAGCCAAGGGAGCUUGA